AACAUGAAGAAUGAGGUUUAAGUGAAGGUUAUGUUCACCGUCGUACUUUUAUGUGAUGUCAAAUAAAAAAUAAUGUAAUGUCACGCUCUAGAAUUUUGCAGUAUGGUAUACCGUUUUUGAUCUUUGUUGUCGGUGGAUCGUUUGGCCUCCGAGAAUUUACGGAAAUACGUUACAGAUAUAAACGUACAUCUCAAUAUGACAUACACGACGAAUUGGAAAAACAGGGAUUUCAAAUGAAACCACCAGAAGAAAUUACUUUGGAGAAAGAAUAUGAAAAAUUGGAGAAGAUUGAUCUUGACAACUGGGAGAAUGUUAGAAUAUCACGACCAUGGGACGAAUCAGAAGAUACAAAAAAAGGAGUAUAAAUAAAAAUGUUUUCAACCUAUGAUUACUGUACAAUUAAUAGAAACAUGGUAUUAAAUCAUCAAUCUUUAGCAACACUUGUAAUAUUAUUUGGUAAUUAUAUGAAGGCUUGUUA